AUGCAUCAAAUGUCUCCUAUGGAACUAUACCACAUGCAGCCAUGGCAAGAGCGUCAGCUGGAGUCAUCAAAGGGAGUGAAUCUUCAAUACCAGAGGCAAAGAUACCUUGGUGGUUAUGCCAGUGAUGGUUAUGCCAGUGAUGGUUACACCUGUGGUGGUCAUGCCAGUGGUGGUUAUGCCAGGGGUGGUUACGCCAGUGGUGGUUAUGCCAGUGGUGGUUAUGCCAGGGGUGGUUAUGCCAAUGGUGGUUAUGCCAGUGGUGGUUAUGCUAGUGGUGGUUAUGUCAGUGGUAGUUAUGCCAGUGGUGGUUAUGCCAGUGGGGAUAUCGCCAAAGAUGACACGCAAACCGUAGCAAGAGGAUGGCUCACAGCAGGAGUGAAGGUCGUAGCGGGAGGGGAGAUUGUGUCAGGAGUACGAGCGCAUGGUGUGGCAGGAGCAGAAAGGGAAGUAGGGGAGCAGAAUGCAGCAGGAGAUGAAAAGGUAGCAGGAGUGCGCGUUGUAACAAGAGCGGGCAAUGUAGCAGGAGCGCUGGUUGUUGCAGCAAAAGCAGCAGGAGCGCAGGUUGAAGGGCGAGUGGAAAAUGUAGGAGUGCAGGUUGUAGUGGGAGAACGGGACAUAAGAGCACUGGCUGGAGUGCUAGAAACGGGUGCAGGAGCAGAUGAUGCAAGAGCAGAAGAUGUAAUGGCAGAAAAGGGUGCAGGGGCAGAGGUUGCAAGAGCAGAAGAUGUAGUGGGGGCAAAGGAUGAAGGAGCAGAGGCAGUAGUGGGAGCAAAGGAUUCAGGAGCAGGGGAUAUGGUGGGAGCAAAGGAUGUAGUGGGAGGAAAUGAUGCUGGAGCAGGGGAUGUAGUGGGAGAAACGGAUUCAGGAGCAGGCCAUGCUGAAUGUAUGGGGCAUGAUGACGUAGCAGGGGGACCCUGUGUGGCUGGAGGAAGGGAUGUAGCGGGGUGCCAGGUUACUACAGCAGCAGGGCUGGAGGAAGAGACACCAGCCAAGCUCAUUCAAGAAACGGCAGGAAGUGGCGGCGGGUGGUUAUGUGAGCCCUGGUAUACUGUCCUCACCACCACGCGCAUCUCAGUCCUUGGUAGCACCACAGUGUCAGUCUCCUCACUGUCGUCUAGGCUACUAGUACCCACAGUAGCUCUCGCAGCAUCCGCAAUGGGGCUGGACCCUCUUGAAGCAGGAGCACCGCCUCUGAAUGUGGCUUUUGAGGUGGCUGCACCGCCUUGGUGCCUCGGCCCGGGGAUGCUGGUUGAACGGCGAUGCCUGGCCGCUCCGGCCACGCGGUCUUCGAUCUUCUUUGCCAUGCAGCCUGUCGUUUCCUUGGACGCGCACACAAAAUACAACCUGCAGGAUUUAUUGAGGAAAAAACAGAUUGGUUAG